AUGGCUUACACACGUCAUUACGAAUCUAUUACCAGCGGUUUAAAUUUCGAUCGUUUUGUGGAUCGAUUUGAUGAGCCUACACUGAAUAAAAUGCGCCAGCAAUACUGGACAGCUAAGCAAUUAAUCAGGAAAAAAUUGGGAAAGAAGGAAGAUGAACAUUUGUUAGCUUCAGAUGCGGAAUUUGAUACCAAAAUAACUCUCUUUCGGUUCGUUCAAGAAACAUCAGACCAGAUGCUUUGCUAUAUCGAUGAUUAUCAACAUUAUCUAAGCGAAUUAGUGCAAAUGGAAUUUGAAUUGAGUAAAAUGUUGAAAGUGAAUGGUAGUGCAGAAACGACAGCUGCUGGCCGUGUUAUGGUCGCUGUUGCCAGAGUAUUAGCGAUAUCAGUACAUCAUAGAUUACAAAUCCGAAACCCUCUACUACGAUUCUUUGAUGAACUUCAUGUUUUCACGGAAAGAGCCAUCUUGGAUUGUGCGGAUACAGUGGAUGCUGCGGAAAAAGCUAGAACUGAAUAUAGAGGAUCAUUAUUAUGGAUGAAGAAAACAAGUAAAGAGCUUGACCCAGAUGCAGAAAAUAUUUUGGAAAAGUUUCGCACUGCACAGAAUGUUGUUAGACGAAAUAAGGAGAAACUGGAUAAUUUAAAAUUGGAUACUCUUCAAAAAGUGGAUUUAUUGGUCGCUAGUCGCUAUAAUUUGUUUUCGCAGUUAUUGGAAUCGUAUCAGAAAUUAUUAUACAACUACUAUGAGCAAACAACGCUGGCAUACGAGAAGAUUUAUGAUUUCGUGUCCAGUCGUAAACAUUAUGAAUUUGAAGUACUUGCGGAUUUGAUCGAACCUUCGAAAGACGUCGAUUAUGAGAAUGACGACCAAACGACAACUAACGAAGGGCAACCCGAUAGUCUAAUUGAACUUGAUCAAUGUGAGCAGGAAAUGGAGCAAAUAUUACAAGAUUUGGAGAGUUUGAACGGGCAUGAUUUAUUGGGCAACAGAAUUGAAAGUCCACUGGGCUUACCAAAAGAACAUCAAAAUUGUGAUAGCAUUGAACCAAUAAGUGAUAUACCAAAGCAAACAUUAGUAUUAAUUGAAGCACAUCCAAUCAAUGAAAUAUCAAGUACCACAAUUCCAGCUAUAGCUGCGCCACCAGGAUGGAAGUCAAAGAGAAAUGUUGUUCAUUGUCCAUCCGACCUUAUGGAUUUUCCAUCUUUGGAUGAUACUGCUAGUGUAAACUCAUUCGCAUCUGAUUGGUCGAAGUUAAUGGAAAAUGUAACUACACCUGAUGCAGUAAUUACUUCAUCUCCUGUUCCACCAUCUUCAUCAUCAUUAGCCCUACCAUCUCAAUUGCUGCAAUUUUCUUCAAUGGAAAGCGGUUUCCCGAACCCGUUCGCAGAUUCAGUAAAUCCAAAUUUCGAUGUUUGGAAAGGAUUUUUGGAAGAAUUUGAGACAACUAAAGUGAGUGAUAGUGGAGUGUUUAAAAAUUGUUGA